UGCUGUGGGCCUAACUCUCUUGACGACCAAUCACAGACAAGAAGCUGGCAUGAUGCUACUUCUCUCUCUUUCUAUGCUUGUCCUGCUCACCCGCCUUACAGUGACCGUUGGUACCGAAAUGAAAGCCCAUGUAAAAAGAGCAGCUCCUGAUGCCUGUGCCUUGAUCAUGUGUGGACCUGUUGAAAAUGGAUUACCGGGACGGGAUGGACGAGAUGGGAGAGAAGGCCCCAGAGGAGAAAAGGGAGAGCCAGGAUUGCCAGGAGCUCAGGGGCCAGCAGGAUUGCCUGGAUUGGAUGGCUCCAUGGGCCCCAAAGGGGAAAAUGGCUCCGUUGGUGAUAGAGGACCCAAGGGAGACCCCGGAGAAAAGGGACCCGCUGGACCUGCAGGUGUUCCGGGUCAGAUUGGGAAAGAGGGACCCCCAGGACUCCAGGGGAAUGGAGGACCCCGAGGUGAACAAGGACCAAAGGGAGAAUCUGGUGUCAAAGGUCCAGCUGGAAAUCCCGGUGCUCAGGGGCCACCCGGAGCAAGAGGAACACCGGGGCCAAAGGGAGAUAAAGGGCCCCCAGGUGAUAAAGGAAACCCAGGAAGUCCCGGAACCCCAGGUCCAGCUGGUGCCAUGGGUCCCCAGGGGUCCGCGGGGGCCAGGGGCCCUCCUGGGCUGAAGGGAGAAAGAGGAUUGCCGGGGGAGAAAGGAGUCAAGGGAGACAGCGGGCUCUCUGAAGUCAAUACUCUGAAGCAACAACUGACGGCUCUACAGGAACAAGUAAAGAUCUUGCAAGCCAGUGUCUCCAAGUUUAAGAAAGUGGAACUCUUCCCAGGGGGCAAAGAAGUCGGAGAAAAGAUAUUCAAGACCAACAACUUGGAAGGCAACUUCGAGAGAGCCAGACGGGCCUGCGAGCUAGCUGGUGGGCAGAUGGCCUCCCCUAGGAACGCGGUAGAGAACACCGCCGUGCAGCAGAUCUUGGCUGAGUACAACAAGUCAGCCUUCCUCAGCAUGACUGACGUAAAGACCGAGGGCAAGUUUGUGUAUCCCUCUGGGGAGCCGCUGGGUUAUGCCAACUGGGCCCCGGGAGAGCCAAACAACGACCACGGCGGGGAGAACUGCGUAGAGAUAUUCACCAAUGGCAAAUGGAAUGACAAGUCCUGUGCAGAGCUGCGCCUCAUCAUUUGUGAAUUUUGAGCCUCUGUAGUAGGAAUGUGUGUGUGUGUGUGUUUGUGUGUGUUGUUUUGGGAGAUGGGCAGUGGAUGAGGUGCUUGUCUUGACUAGUGAGAGCCAGACCUGGCUGGGCUAAGCUUGGGCAGGGCCUCUCUGGUGAUGGUACCAGGGUGAGCCAGAGCCAAAGGUAUUUCCAACUCUUGGUGCUGGGGAGUGUUGGACCCCCGUGAUUAAAAGGUGAACGGAAGAUUAAUUCCA